AUGACCCUAUGGAAGGACUUUGUUGAAACAUUUGGGGUGAAACUGACCAGGAUAGAGAGGUCCCAUAGUCUCUCAGCAGUGCGCUGGUUUGCAAGUAGUGUUGUUGCUCUCUGUGCUCGAAUAACCUGUUUCUUUCGAGUUUUACGCUUGGAAAAGGUGCCUUUACUUGGGAAUCCGUGUACAAUGGGAAAACUGACAACCAUGCCUGCAGGUCUGAUAUAUGCAUCUGUAAGUGUACAUGCAGUCAAAGAAGAGGAAUCCAAAAAGCAGCUAGUGAAACCAGAGCAGCUCCCUAUAUAUACUGCACCACCGCUUCAGUCUAAAUAUGUUGAAGAGCAGCCUGGUCAUUUACAAAUGGGUUUUGCUUCCAUCCGGACUGCAACUGGUUGUUAUAUUGGCUGGUGCAAGGGUGUUUAUGUCUUUGUGAAAAAUGGGAUAAUGGAUACAGUACAAUUUGGAAAAGAUGCUUAUGUCUAUCUGAAGAAUCCUCCUCGAGACUUUCUUCCGAAAAUGGGAGUUAUUACAGUUUCAGGAUUGGCGGGCUUGGUUUCAGCGAGAAAAGGUUCCAAGUUUAAGAAAAUUACUUAUCCUCUGGGACUGGCCACUUUAGGAGCAACUGUUUGCUACCCAGUUCAGUCCAUAAUAAUUGCUAAGGUAACAGGGAAAAAGAUAUAUGCUACAAGCCAGCAAAUUUUUGGAGCAGUUAAAUCACUGUGGACAAAAAGCAGCAAAGAAGAGUCACUCCCUAAACAUAAAGAAAAAACUAAGCUAGGAUCCUCUGUCGAAAUAGAAGUACCUGCAAAAACAACUGACGUCUUGAAACACUCAGUGCCCUUGCCAACAGAACUCAGCUCUGAAGCGAAGACCAAAUCAGAAUCCACUUCAGGUGCAACACAGUUUAUGCCUGACCCCAAGCUCAUGGAUCACGGGCAGUCCCACCCAGAAGAUAUAGAUAUGUACAGCACUAGAAGCUGAAGUAGACUGCAUACAGAGACUACAUAGAAAACUACAAGAUGUGUGACGUUGCAAAUAAUGAUGAAAAAAAUCAUGUAAUGGGUAACUGAUACAUAGCGUAUUACUUAAACCAAGUUUUUCCCUUACAUAUCCAAAUGUACAAUUAGAUAAAUUACAUAAGUGGUUAACAGACAAACUGAAUGCAAUACAAACAAUGUUAAAUGAUUGAUGAGGAGACUUAGGUAGAAGUAUUAGCUUGCAUUUGAUGACCUUUAAAGGCAUUU